AUGGCUGUGGCAAUCAUGGGGCAACCAGCUCGUGAACGCGACAUCCAGUUGGCUGCCGACCUUGCCAGAGAAAAAGAGCGUUCCGUGUUGCAAAUGUUAAAGAUGUCAGCGGAUUACUGGCGCCAAUUUCUGGAACCAGGUGAUGUGCGCCCUGAGCCCAGCGGUAUGGGUCGAACACCAGCUGCCCCUAAUACUCCUUACGCACCUUCGUGUGUGGACAGAAGCAUGUUGGGACCUGUCACAGUAUCGCCAGCGGCACCAAAUCUUCUUAGGCCGAUUCCACGACGGCCACAGAAAUUUUUUGAUAGCCCCAUGUGA